GUACACUUUGAAUAAUAUUAUUAAAAUUCAAACUAUUUUUCAGAGUUAAAGUCUUGUUAUAUUAUUACUAUCGUUUUAAAGUAAUCAAAAUGUCAAUGUCAAGAACACCGAUGUCGCUCGCCUCUGGGUUAGGUUUUAGAAAACCUAAACUUUAAAAGUUAGAGUAAAACUUUUCAGACGUAUUUUGCGAUGGAGAAAUUUACAAAAUGGCUUUCAGAGCCUCCAAAAUAUACUACAUUUAGGAUAAACAGACUUAGCCCAUUCAAUUGUGACAUCCUCAAAAACUUUUUGUCAAUUCAAGCCGCAGAAUUGAAUACUUCUACAUUACCAAACUUCUACUUAUUAACAUCCGAUUGUUUGGUGUUAGAGAGAUGGCCUGAAGAAUAUACUAAUGUAAAUGCAACAAAGACUGUUAUUGUGGAUAGCUUGUGUGCAGCUGCUGUAUUAAGAGGUGCAAAUGUUUUUGCCCCUGGUGUAAUGGGAUUUCCAGUUGAUUGUAAACUUAAUGACGUAGUUGAGAUCUAUGGUGACUUAUCAGGUCACUGUAAAAGGGGCCUGAAAGUGGAAUACUCUGGUGAAAAAUUAUUUGUAGGCACAGGAACUGUUAAGAUGUUAAGAAAUGAUCUUUAUAAUAAAGGUAUUCAGCCCAGUGGAAUUGCAGUAAAAACAAUAAUGCCAGCUUCAAGAUUGCCUGUAAUUAAUGAACAAAUAUACCCAGAUGGCAUUAUAGUUCUACAAAAUCUACCAUCUAUUGUAUGUGGUUGGGUUGUUGAUGCAAGACCCAAUGAAUACAUUCUUGACAUGUGUGCUGCACCAGGAAAUAAGACUACACAUUUAGCUGAAAUGGCUAAUGAUAAAGCAGUAAUAAUAGCAUUGGAUAAGACAUCUCAGAAAGUUGAAAAGAUUAAAGAAAAUUGUAUCAAACAAGGAGUGACAUGUGUCAGAGCAUAUACUUUUGAUUCUACAAAAUGUAGUUCAAAUGAGAGCAUUGGAAGAGAUUUCAGUCCACCUUACUAUCCUAAUAGUUUUGACAAAGUGCUACUAGAUGCUCCUUGUAGUGGCUUGGGUCAAAGACCAAUGCUUAAGAAUAAAAUUACUCCUAAAAUGCUUGAAUCAUAUAAAUUUGUACAGAGGAAACUGAUGAGUAUGGCUGUAGAAGUUUUAAAAGUAGGAGGAAGAUUGGUAUAUAGUACAUGCACAGUGACUGUGGAUGAAAAUGAAGGCAUGGUACAAUGGGCUCUACAAAAAUUUCCUUGUUUGAAGCUGAUAUCAGCUCACCCACUACAUGGAGGUCCAGGAUUGGCAGGAUGUGGAUUAAAUGAUGAACAAAGGUUUAUGGUACAAAGAUUCAGCCCUGAAGUAGAUCCACUUAGAGAGGCUGAACCUAUUUACAGAGAUACUAUAGGGUUUUUCAUAGCAGCCUUCACAAAAAUCUAAAUAUUUUGUACUUUCAUUAUUGUAACACAUUACCAACACCUGCUAAAAUAAAAAAAUAUUGUAAAAAUAUAAUUGU